AUGAGCCGAUUCAAGAGGAAGACCGCAGCGGUCAUUGACCUCACUGGCAGUGAUGACGAUGGCGACACCAUCCACGUGGCUCCGCGCAAGAAGCAAAAGCGCUCCCACUCGAAGAGGGUGAUGUACCUCACCAGUGAUGAUGAGAAUGCUUAUCCAUCACCGCCGAAAUCGAAGACGUCUUCUGCGGCGCCGCGUGAAGUAUUUCGAGAGCUGAGCUCAAAGGAAUACCAAGAGAAGCUCAAGCAACCAAAAGCCUGGGUGAAAGGCGGAGUUGCCUGGCGACCUGCAAACAAACCUCUGAAGCAAGAGCCGGCUUCAGCACCGUCCAAGAAGCAGAUCAAGACCAAGACACCUAUCGCAGAGUCUGGAAGCAUUCGCGACUAUCUCUCGAAACUUUCCAAUGAGUCUGCGCAUCACGUCGAGGUGAAGAAGACCUCGGCCACCACGUCUGCAUCCGCACCUCGAUCGGGUGUCUCGCAUCAUUCUGCCCCUGAUCUGCCACGUUCGAAGGAUAAACCUGCGCGGCACUCUGCGCGAAAUGCAUUCAGUCUGAUCAUGCAGCAGCACGAUAGUCACAGCGAGGAUGAACUCAAUAUCUCGCAGACUACGGGUUCUACGCCUGGGAUCCGAAGAGCGAAGCAAAAACGCAAGGCACCGGUGGAGAAAGCGGACGAUUCAGACUUCGAAGCGAAUAGCUCAAGUGGCAGCGAAGUUGUAAGCGAGGAUGAUGGGCUGCCUGCGGAGAGCAGCGACUCAGAGCAUACCGCGGAGGACGAGCCUCAAGUCAAGAAGGUCCCAAAGAAGGCGAAGCAGAGCGUCCCACGCGCCGCGUCUAAUGCAGCGAAAGGCAAGGCGAAAGCUGGUGGUCAAGGCCGCAAAAGAGCUCAGAAUAUGGUGAACCUCUCACGUCCUCAGCAUGGACAGGGUACUGGUCUGUUGCCCAGUCUGCCACCUCUUUCAGACACACGCGAAAUAUUCGAUGACAUUGUUGGCAAGGCUCUUCCUCUGGGGUUGUCACAAGCUCUGGACGACCUGCCUGGCUCACUGAGAGUUGCUACCAUGUGCUCUGGCACAGAAAGCCCUUUGCUAGCCCUCGAGCUUUUCCAACAGUGCCUAGGGUCAUCAAAGCUGGAGAUCGAACACCUCUUCUCAGCGGAAAUAGUACCGUUCAAGCAAGCGUACAUCGAGCGCAACUUUCGCCCGCCUAUUAUAUUUCGAGACAUUACCGAAAUGACUAGCGCUGUCAACGACGAGAUCCCCAGCGCGACGACCGCCUAUGGCAGCAAGGUGCCUAUUCCGAGAAAUGUCGAUCUUCUUAUCGCAGGUACUUCUUGUGUGGACUAUUCUCGUCUGAAUAGUCACCAGAAGUCCGUUGACCAGGGCGGCGAGUCCGGUGACACAUACACAGCCGUGCUGGCCUAUUGUACGGCAUUCCGGCCGUCGAUCGUCCUUCUAGAGAAUGUCCUGACUGCGCCGUGGGAUAGAAUGCUAGAAGAUUAUCAAAAGAUCGGGUACGAAACCGGUGGAGUACUAGUCGAUACCAAAGGGUACUAUCUGCCACAGACACGACAACGAGGGUACAUGGUCUGCUUUGAUAAACACGAAGGAGCCUCCCUUUCCGGCGCUGGAAAGCGGUGGACCGAUCUGAUGGCAGACUUUCGCCGCCCCGCAAGUUCGCCCGCAUCCUCAUUUCUGCUGCCCACUAGCUUAGCUGCAAAGCAACGACAAGCCAAAGAGGAUGAGCAGCGAACACGCGAAGUCGACUGGACGAGAUGCGAAUUACGGCAUACCCAGCUACGCCACGACCUGCGCCUUGGCAACGAGCGACCGAUUACACAUUGGUCCGAAAGUGGCUCUCUAAUCGUGCCAGAAGGUGGCGAUCCUGCUUGGUACGCUCGCAUGGUAGAGCGAGUGUGGGAUCUGCUAGAUAUUUCUGUGUUGCGGAAAGCACUGCCCUCACAUGGGUUCUACGAUGCGCGAUACAAGACAAGAAUCUGGGACGUCUCGCAAAAUGUGGAUUUCCAGAAAGAUAGCGGCGCAUUCGGCAUCAUUGGCUGUAUUACGCCGACGAUGAUCCCUUUCCUUUCGGAUGCUGGUCGUGUGCUCACUCCUGAAGAGAUGCUCAGGCUGCAGGGCUUACCACUGGACAAGAUCUCUUUUACUACCGAGCUUCCUGCGAACAUCCAAGACCUCGCAGGCAAUGCAAUGUCAACGACUGUAGUUGGACCUGCUAUCUUGGCCGCGCUGAUCGCUGGCCAUCGCGCGAUCCAGAGACCUGAAAAAUUGAUCAAAGACGCGACUUUGCAGCUGCAGAAGACAAACGUGGCUGUGCUCACGGCGAAGAUGGAAAGCGUGCCGCGAAGCAACGCAACUGCUAGCAUAGACGUUACGCAGCUUCUGCUAAAGUCAAAGCAGGCUACGCGACGCUGCAUCUGCGAAGCUGCUGGAAAGCUCUCCGCCAAACCCAUACAAAAAUGCAUCUGCUGUGGUCACACGGCAUGCUUAACUUGUGCCGGAAAUCCCGAGCAUCAGUACAGGCAAGAUCCUAUGCUGUCCAAAAACAGGAUUACUGCGAGCGACUUCGAAGCCUUCCUCAAUCAGACACUGCCCCUGAGCUUGAACUUCUCGUUCGAGGAUGCAUGGCAUCAUAUCGUACCGGAAGCCCAUUACAGAGAGAAGGUUGACGCUAUCGGCCAUCAAUUCCAUUUUCAAUCUUUCAGACAAACUCACUGCUGGACUGCGACCUAUACGGGCAACUGCGGGCAUCUUGAUCUCGUGCUCAACGGCGACCUGGCAGAAUGGCGGCUGUUUGCGGAUAUCCCAAAGGACUUGAGCUACGAUAGUCCACGGCGCACUGAACUGGAAGCUCCAAUCGCUAUUGGUAAGAUUGUGACCAACUUCUUCGGCGACGAGUGGUCGAUACGCAUUCCCGAAGUGAGGCACGUCGAUCUGGACAUCAAGGAGUCGGGCAGCAGGAAAGCUUCUUGGUGGGCUCGCAACGGCAUGUUGGACUUUGCUGGUCAUACUGUUCCGGAAUACCUGGAAAUCCGCGUCCAAGAUGACAGUCUAUCUGUCAUCGAGGGGUCCGACAACUAUAACCCACAGGAGCCGCUGUUUCUUUUUCUUGACCCCACUCGUACAGGCAAUACAGACCAGGACAGCUUCGUUUUCGCACGGAACAUUGAGCACAUUGACUACCACGAGCAGCGACUGAUUGUCGCACGCAUCGCUGCCACUUGGAGACCAUGGAGCCGGCCAGACAGGAAACGCAGUGCUCCGACGCUCGUCGUACGUGACUCUUUUGAGGUCAAACCACAAUGUCAUCUUUCGGCGACAGGCAGCAGCCUUGAGAUAUUCCGUUUGAAAAACCCUGAGACAAGCAUAGGGCACGCAGACUGUACACAAGCUGUGCAGCUACUUCGUGCAAUUCAAGCAAACUCAUCGAUCAGCGACACAGACCUUGCUUCGGCUGCAGCUCGAUCGCAAUUCCUCUCUCAGCACCAGUGGGUCCUGGAAGCGAUGGGCCGAUGCUUUCCAAGCGACUCGUGGCGACCAAUCUUCGCCUCCACUCGUCAAUGUGAGCGAUGUGCACCAAGUCGGCCGAAGGUGAGGUGGGCAAUGCAAAGUGGAGGGGAGGUGAGCCCGUACGAGGACGUGCCAAGUGCUGCUGAAUAUGAGCAAGCUAUGAAAACGCGACCUGACCCAGUAAUGCUUGCUGUUACCUACAACGGCGAGACAGGCUUCAAGCUCAGUCUCAGCGUCAACAUGAUGACUCUGGCACACCGAGCUGCGGCCCGCCUGCCUGUCGACGCUGAGAACGUCCAACUCUCGUGGCGUCUCAUUCAUCGCCCUGACUGCACUCCUUUUGUGUUCAAGAAGUUUCAUCUCAGCUCGAACGAGGAUACCACAGCUUUUGAUGGCAAUGCCGAGCUUUCGAUUGACUUAUUCCAUCAACAGCAGCAGUCACUGGCUUGGAUGAUCCGGCAAGAGCACGGGAUACCCUUCGCAGUGGAAGAAUCGGAGGAGUUUCGUUCGGAGACUGGAUGGCUUGCCCAAGUGCAAGCACGUGGAGACGUCACUGUCCGUGGCGGCAUAUGUGCGGAUCACCCUGGGUUUGGCAAGACGAUUACGAGCCUUGCUCUUAUCCAAUCGCAGUCGAAGAUGCGAAAGGAGACCAUCGCUGAUCUUGAGACACGGGCACCGAAAGGUCUGAAAACCACAGCGGCGACACUGAUUGUAUACCCAGCUUCCUUAGUGCAACAAUGGGUGGACGAGAUUCGCGACAAGAUCGGAAGCUUGACGGGAGUUAUUGCCAUUCCGGCAGCUGCGCAGCUUGCGAGAUACACUAUCCAAAAGUUCCAGGAGGCGAAGAUCAUUGUGGUCAAUCGUGAUGUGCUCACACAUGAAGCUUACAUAGACCGCAUAGCAUCGUUUGCGGCUGUCCCUGGGCCUGUGGCAACCAAGGGCCGUGCCCUUACCGAAUGGCGAGCACAUGCUCUUCGUCAGAUUCCAGAGCAUUUGGCCAUCCUCGCGCGCGGUGGUCUUUCGCGGUUGAGGACCCACAUCAAAUGCAGGUAUGACGAGAACGUGUCGAGUGACGAGUUCCAAGCCGCGGUCCCCUCGAGGAGACAUCGGGGCCAAGACUAUGUGGACAACAAGAAGAAGAAACUCACAGCUACUCAAGUCACACAGCAAGCCGCUCCUAGGACUAUCGACGUCAGCAGUGUUGAUCAGCCACUCUUCGAGAUGUUCUUUUUCAACAGAUUGAUCGUGGACGAAUUCCACGACUACACACCGAAGGUUUAUGCAGCGACCUCCGCAUUGAAGGCGGACAAACGCUGGGGCCUUUCGGGAACGCCGGCCAUUGAGGACUUCUACCAGGUCGCGCAGAUGGCGCAGCUGCUUGGACUGGAUCUCCCUAUGGGUUCAAUGGACGCCGCCGUAAUGAAAAAUUCCAGCCGUCAAGCACUGCAGAAGGACAUGUCCAGUUUCGAGCAGUUUGACUCGAUGUGGCGACAGCUACCGUCAUCGACGAAGUACCGGAGCAUUCAUGCUUUACACCAACGCUUCCUGGCUACCUUCGCCCGCCAAAACAUUGGCGACUUCGGCAAGAUGGAGUAUGGCGACCAUCUUGUGCCUGUAGAAUUGGAUGUAGAACACCGCUUGCUGUAUACUGAGCUCUCGCAGCAUCUGAAUACGCUUCAAAUGCGUAUUAAGGCGACUGGAAAGUCAAAAGCGACCGACCGGAACAGGCGAUUGAACGAGGCUGUUUCUACAUCAAUCACAGCCGAGGAAGCAUUGUCGAAAGCAGCAGCAUUCGUCGAUCAGACAUCUGAGCCUGGAGACUGUUCCAUACUGGACGAUCUGAUGGACUCAUGCAGCAGGCACAUCGCCACACUUCGCGAUGAGAUACAGACUGUUGCCCACCACGCUCGCGAUAAGGAAGCUGAGCGGUACCAGAAAUGGUACACUCAGAUGCUUGAUGAAGGGGGUCUGCCGGAUAGCUCGACAGUGUCUGAAGUCGUUGAGCUGAUCAACGCUGCUUCAGUCAGAGCACACAAGAAGAAGGAUGGCAAAGGGGCUGAAGAAGAUGCAGUUACGCACAAGCUUUCGACGUUAUGCACAAGACUGCUAAUGGAACGUCGAUCAUUACGUUACCUGGCGGCGGCAAAGCAGCUCCAGGACGAUGCUCGAGAGCAAGUUAGUGCUAAUCGAUGCGAGAACUCGGCAUGCGAAAAGAGACAGCCAUCACAAUAUGCUCUCUCCGCGGUGUGCGGCCAUCUGAUUUGCGAAGCCUGUCACGAGCGGAACAAGCAUCAUGCUGCAACAAAUUGUCUUGCUGUAGGAUGCUCCAAUCCAGUGCAGGCGCAUCAUUUGCUUUGGACAAGCAAAAUCGGCAACCUCAAGCGCACGAAGCCUUCUGCAUAUGGGGCAAAGCUCGAGGCAGCUAUCGUGCUCCUAAAAGAGAUCCAAGGCAAGGCCGAGCAAGCCAUCUUGUUCGUACAAUUCGAGCAGCAACUUCAGCAAGUCGAUACUGCGCUGAAGCACUGCGGCAUUUCUCGUAUUGUUGUUCACAGUGCCAAUGACGCUGGCAGCCAGCUCAAAGCUUUCAGGGACUGCGCAAAUACCAAAGACAAGAAGACUGUGAUUGUGCUGAAUGCAGCAGACGAGACGGCAGCGGGUUCAAAUUUACAGAACGCGAAUCAUGUCAUAUUCUUGAGUCCACUUUUGCAGCGUACCCAGUACAAGUACGAUUCGACGAUGGCGCAGGCAAUUGGUCGUGUUCGAAGAUUUGGCCAGGAGCGCCCCAUUCAUGUGUACCGCAUCGUCGCGUUGGACACGAUCGAUGUUGACGUACUUGAGCAUCGUGAAAACCGGGCGGAUGCAUUGGUUGAACAAGGUCAGAAGAAGAUCGAGCCGCCUACAAGAUCGAAAGAGCUUAACACGCUGUCAAAGAAGAAGCCUGAACGAACUCAGUUGGUUCGUGAAAAAGGACACUUCAGUCUGCGGCCACAAAGUUGGCUCAUCGACUACGAAGCCGGUAUGGAUGCCGGAGAGGUCGAGAAGGUUAAGGGCAAGAGCCGAGUGCUUGGAUGGGAAGAUUUUAGCUCGUUGGUCAAGUUUUCCACGAAGUACACGGAAGACGAUGAAUAGUGGCGUCUGUACGCUGCGGCAAAACAGGACUAAGAAGCAGCGCUGCGCAGAAAUCAAUCAGGUCCG